AUGGUCAAGGAGUAUUUCCUCGCCCCAAACUUUUCUACGGGAGCGCCCCCGAAAGGGCCCAUCUAUCUUGGCUCCAUCUUGCGCAACAUUUCUGAGUUCGAGCCUCUCAAUCAGACAGUCUGCACAAUCCCUGAAACUCAACUCUACCCGGUCGACCAAAAGACUGGAUUUGAGGUCACCCUAAGCCAUCUUCGUUCGACCAAUUUGGGUCUCAGGGCCGGAGCCUUGGAACUGCUUGGCGUGGGUGCCAACGCUUCGAUCAAAUGGACUAGAGGCAGAGAUACUGUGCUCUCAUGCAAGCGCCUUGACACCCUCACUUUCAACCCGACCGAACCCUACAUGAUCGAGGCAAUGAAAGACCCGGACGUCUUAUCCUUCAUCAGAUCAGGCAGAUUCAGGCGCUCCGUCUACAUGGUGACUGGGCUCAAGGUUGCCAGCGGCGCGUCGUUCACAGAUAUGGUGAAGAAGAUGUGGAUAGACCGUCACGGAGAGGUCCAGUUCAAGGCCCAUAACAAACAUGCCGUGAUGCAGAGUGCAGCGUCUUCGAGCCAUGAACAAGGGUACACUCUUCACUGGGACGACGACCUCACGGUUGAGGAAAUCAACGACAUGUUUGACACGGGUGAGGAUGGCAUCUAA